AUGAGCCCCACAGAGCAAGACUCAUCGGCGUCGCCCAGCGUCGCCGACGUAGUGACUGCCGCUCAGCAAGAGCAACAACCGCAACAAUCGCAAGAUCCACCACAACCAGCGUCGCCAGCGUACGCGGGGUCUUCCGUUUUCGAAACGACGCACGGGGCAGGCCCCAGUUCCAUCGCCGGCGGUCGACCGCGAGUGGAGUCUUCUGAGCAUUUUGGCUUCCUACACCACAACGCGGACGAAGACAUCUACGUGUUCGAGGAGCCGCCCGAGGUAAAGGUACUCGGCGGUCGCUUCGAGGAGUCUUGGCCUACCCGGUACGUCGAAUACGAUGUUGAGCUAAAGUACAAUAAUUUCAAGUGGAAGGUGGAGAUCCCCAAGUCUUCCAUCUCAAGUCUCUGGUUCUACAUUAAGAGUCGCCCGCAUCUUCGUCACGCCCCGUCUUCAGUCGCUGUAGAGCGCACUGAACAUGGCAUUGGCGAGUCGGGCGUGCCGGAGCACACACCUACAGCCAGUGAAUCCCGCUGGCCGCAGCUACGAAAACUUUUCUUAACAUCUGCCGACAAGUCUGUUGGCCCCGAGAUGGUUGCACUCGUGCAGCAGUUACUGGAAACGGUAGUGAAAGUGCCGCGACUGCUACGAUCGCCCUUUGUUGCAGCGUUAUUUCAAGUCAGCAACUCAACGUUCGACGACGAAAUGGGUCGAACGUCUGUACGUGAAGGUUGGCUGAAAACACGUUUCUGGCUCAAAGGUAACCGCGAGAAUGUCCGUAUCAACCGCGCGUCCAUGUCGUGGGACAACGAAUGCUUCAACUGCAUGUGUGUGGUCAAGCGCGUUAACUUCCGUGCCAAACGUUUGCGCUGGGUGUCGCUCAAGACGUCUAGUAUUGCCAUUUUUGACUCCAUCGAGGACACAAUCGCUCGCAAGGCCUUCCUUUUCGACAGUAAGUUCAACAUCGAACGCGGUCUAGCCACCACAGGCUCCAGUACGACGUUGUUAGUCUCGAACGCAACGUAUGUUCUUCAAAUGGAGGCAAAGUCCAAGCAGGCACUUACAAAGUGGGCCAAUGAUAUCCGUCGAGUAGCUGAGGCCUCGAACUGGUCGCAGGCUCAUCGUGAUGGUUCCUUUGCGAUCCCUCGCAACCCUGUACACAUGACGUCGUUCGCGCAAUGGUAUGUGGAUGGCAGUGACGCCUACGCUGCCAUCUAUGAGGCCAUCCAGUCGGCUACGAAGGAGAUUUUUAUUGCCGGAUGGUGGGUCUGUCCGACUAUCCAUCUCCUGCGUCCUGCGGAACAUUACCCCGAGUCGAGACUUGACGUUGCACUACAGAAGAAAGCAGAGGAGGGGGUGCAAGUCUACGUCCUUAUGUACAAGGAAGUGUCAGUGGCCUUGACACUGAACAGCAUGUUCUCCAAGCAGGUGUUGAGCAAGUUACACAAGAAUGUCCACGUGUUACGUGACCCCGACUUUUUGAUGAAGCAGCUUGGGUUGUGGUCGCAUCACGAGAAGAUCGUGAGUGUUGAUCAACGUGUGAGUUUCGUUGGAGGACUGGAUCUCUGCUUUGGACGUUGGGAUACGCACGGACACGAGCUGUUCGACGAACCUGGCAAGCCAACAAACUUCGUAGGCAAGGAUUACUCCAACCCGCGCGUGAAGGACUUUGUGGAAGUCGACCGUCCUGACGAAGACAUGAUUGACCGCACCGAAGAGCCUCGGAUGCCGUGGCAUGACUGCCACUGCCGUCUGGAGGGCCAACCAGCUCGUGAUGUAGCGCGUCACUUCGUACAACGCUGGAACUACUCCGUGUCUACACGCAAGAAAUCGCGGAAGCUGCAUCACCUUGUGCCCAUGAAAGAUUACCCGGUAACGGUCAUUAGCAAGCACGGUCCCCGGAAGUUGACGCAGCGCCUUCAGAAGGCUGUACAUGCCAUACGAGCAAUGCGUGGCUUGUCUAGGGGCCGUGCCAACACGGAGAACCGUGGAUUUAACAGUGAUCGACGCAUGGCGCGUAUGUUGAGCAGUCAGAACGAAUCGGGUCAAAUGCCUAUUUUGCAAGAUGAAAACGAAGAUGUGAUGUUGGAUCUGCCCGAUGGAGACGAAGAGAGCGACGAAGCCUUUGAGAAACACAAGCAAGAGGUCGCUGCCAGAGGAUACCGCGUCAACACGCAGAUCCUACGCAGCUUAUCGCUGUGGUCAGGCGGUGUGGCUACAGAGCGCAGUAUCCAGAACGCGUACAUCCGUCUCAUUGGAUCAGCGCAGCACUUUGUGUACAUUGAGAACCAGUUCUUUGUGUCUGGACUGGAAGGAGACCACGGAUGCUCGAACCGUAUCGCGAAUGCAUUGGUGGAAAGAAUUCGUCGCGCGUCGGAUAAUAAUGAGAAGUUUCGCGUCAUUGUGGUGAUGCCGUUGCUGCCAGCCUUCCCAGGAAAGCCCGAUGACAAGGACGCGAGUAGUCUGCGUGGAGUGAUGCACUGGCAAUACCGCUCAAUCUGUCGCGGCGAGCACUCGAUUUACCAGCGUUUGUACCAGGAGCUAGAAGAUGACGAUCCAUUCAAGUACAUUGCCUUCUAUGGUCUACGCAACCACAGUGUCCGUGAAGAUGCCCAGGCUCGGACUGAGGAAGUGUAUAUCCACAGUAAGGUGAUGAUUGUGGACGACCGGAUUUGUAUCAUCGGCUCGGCUAAUAUCAACGAACGCAGUAUGUGUGGAGACCGUGACUCGGAGAUCGCUGUGUUGGUGGAGGAUCACGAGAUGGAAGAGGAGAUCGCUAUCGCUGGCGGCACGUACAAUGUGGGCAAGUUCGCGCACUCGUUUCGUAUGAAGCUGUUCGAGGAACACUUUGGCUUGGAGCCUGGCACGCCGAAGUACCAGAAAUAUCAAGAUCCGGUGAGCAAGGAUACGUGGUUCUCCAUGCAGGAACAAGCCAUGACAAACCACCAGAUCUACGACUCGGUGUUCGGGUGUCUGCCGUCCGACAGCGUGACGAGCUUCGCUCAGAUCGAUUCGCACAUCCAGUCGGCGCAAGGUCUCGACACGUCCGGUCGCGGUGCAGAGGAGGCGGUGGCCGCAGCCAAGGCGACUGACACAACGGACAUUGCCAGUAAUAACGGGGACGAACGACGAAUGUCCUCGAUGAGCGACCGAGUCAUGUCGCCCCAGAAUAGCUCGAGAGGAACAAGCUCAAGAGGACGCAAGUCGGUGUUCAGCGGAGCCAUGAACGUGAACAUGAAGGAGAGUUCGCACAUCGCCCAGCAGAAACACGAGCUGAGCAACGUGCAAGGUCACAUUGUGUACUUCCCUCUCAAGUUCCUCGUGGACGAGCAAUUGGAGCCCAAGUUGUUCCCGGCUGAUCUGUUCCAGUAAGGAAACCACGCUCUAGUUUUUCUUUUAGUGCAGACCUGUGUGCAGCGGAACGAACGACUGACGUAGCACGCAGUUUUUAUCGAUU